AAUAGUAAUCUCAAAUAUCUUAAACAAACUCAAACAAGCAAAAUCAAUGGGAAUUCCAUCAGAAUUAAGGGACAUGUGGGCGGCAAAUAAAUCAAGAAGUUUGAUGAUUGCUUCUCCUGCAGAAGAACAGAAGACGUUAAGGACUAAUCAGUGUACAUCUGAAGGUGUUCGUGCUGGAUUCAAGGCAGCUGGUAUAGGAUGUGUGGCCAGUACUGUACCUACAAUGGUUGCGGUUCGUGUGAUUCCAUGGGCAAAGGCAAAUCUAAAUUAUACUGCUCAAGCACUUAUCAUAUCUGCUGCAUCAUGUGCAUCAUUCUUUGUUGUUGCCGACAAAACUAUAUUGGCGUGUGCAAGAAAACAGUCCCUGCUGUUAGAAGAGUCUCUCAAACAAGAAAGAUGAUGAUGCACUUCAAUCAAUAUCUUGGCUUUCACACCUGUUUUUAUAUUGAUGAUCAAUUUUUAGUGUUAUUUUCUUUAUAUUUGGUUUCUCGGGUUUUUAGUUCUUGAAUAAAAGAGAGAAUCUUGUUAAUUCUUCUGUACAUUAGUAGUUAAUGUAAAUUCUCUGAUAGAUUGAAAAACAUGUAUGACAGAUAAAUCAUUUUCUACUAAUAUAUCCUUCGCUGUAUCAUUACACAAUAUUAUAAACAUACCAAUGGAAACUGGAGAAGUUUUUCAGCUUGAUUGAGACAUACAACACAUUAAAAUGAUUAAAGAUAUAUUUAAAAAAUAUUAGGUAUAUCAAAUGAUUAAAAACGUCAAAAUCAUGAAUAGAUCAGGUUGAAAUGAAACUGUCUCAUUAGAUUAGAUGAUGAAGAACAUUUACCACAUUCGAUUUCCUCUUCAAAUAAUUUUAUUAAUGUUUCACAUUGAUUCUCUCUUAACUCAAGCUCAUUAAGUUGUCCAUCAAAGUUAUUCUCUUUUGCCUUUUAUCCCAAAAAGCGAAGUCGAUAAUUCUCUUAAAUUCUCAUAAGAUUGGACCGACGAUGAAACCAAAAAGGUUUGAUGUGAUUUGAAGCCGAGAAAUAUACUAUUAAUCUAUCUCACAUUAAAAGAGUGCACAAACUAUGUGGCGCUCUUCAAAUCCUUUACGAAGAAACUGAAGACGUUAAGGAUUCUAAAAUCAAUAU